GUCCUAGAGAUUGCUUAUGUUCAGGCACCGAAAAAGGAUCCUGCCCCAGAAAGCUAGAGGAAUAGUCGAGCCUUGGAGAAACUAGAGUACCACAGAACUGUUUAACCCAGCUACGGUACUCGGAGAGAGAGAACUUUGAAGUGGGAAGAGGCUUCGUUUGAAAUAUAAAGACGAUUCUUGAACAGCAUAGCGAAACCCAAAAUGUCCUCUAUAGAUCCUUAUCAACACAUUAUAGUGGAACACCAGUACUCCCACAAGUUCACCGUGAUUGUUUUACGAGCCACCAAGGUGACAAAAGGUGCCUUUGGUGACUUGCUUGACACCCCCGAUCCCUAUGUGGAACUUUUCAUCUCUUCGACCCCGGACAGCAGAAAACGAACGAGACACUUCAACAAUAAUGUGAAUCCCGUGUGGAAUGAAACUUUUGAAUUCAUUUUGGAUCCCAACCUGGAGAAUAUUUUGGAGAUUACUUUAAUGGAUGCCAACUACGUUAUGGAUGAAACACUGGGCACGGCAACAUUUCCAAUAUCCUCCAUGAAAGUCGGAGAGAAAAAAGAAGUCCCCUUCAUCUUCAAUGAAGUAACUGAGAUGUUCUUGGAAUUGUCUCUUGAAGUUUGCCCUUCUCCGGAUCUCCGGUUCAGCAUGGCUCUAUGUGACCAGGAGAAGAUUUUCAGGCAGCAGAGGAAAGAGAACAUAAAGGAGAAUAUGAAAAAACUCUUAGGCCCUGAGAAUAGCGAAGGCCUGUGCUCAUCCCGGGAUGUGCCAGUGAUAGCCAUUCUGGGUUCUGGAGGAGGAUUUCGGGCAAUGGUGGGGUUUUCUGGUGUUAUGAAGGCACUCUAUGAAUCUGGAAUUUUGGAUUGUGCUACAUAUAUAGCUGGACUUUCUGGAUCUACAUGGUACAUGUCAGCUUUAUACUCACAUCCCGAUUUUCCGGAGAAAGGUCCAAAGGAGAUUAAUCAGGAGUUAAUGAACAGUGUCAGCUACAACCCCCUUUUACUGCUCACACCUCAGAAAGUCAAACGAUACAUUGAGUCCUUAUGGAAGAAGAAAAGCUCUGGGCAGCCAGUCACUUUUACCGAUAUCUUCGGAAUGUUAAUAGGAGAAACUCUUAUCCACAAUAGAAUGAACAGCACACUGAGUAGUUUGAAGGAGAAAGUCGACAAGGCACAGUGUCCGCUGCCCCUCUUUACUUGUCUACAUGUCAAACCUGAUGUUUCAGAGCUCAUGUUUGCAGAUUGGGUGGAGUUCAGCCCAUUUGAGAUUGGGAUGGCUAAGUAUGGAACGUUCAUGGCUCCUGAUUUGUUUGGAAGCAAAUUUUUUAUGGGCACAGUUGUGAAAAAAUACGAAGAAAAUCCUUUGCAUUUCUUAAUGGGUGUCUGGGGAAGUGCCUUUUCAAUACUGUUUAACAGAGUGCUCGGAGUUUCAGGCACCCAAAACAAAGGGUCUACGAUGGAAGAAGAAUUAGAAAAUAUCACUGCAAAGCACAUCGUGAGUAAUGAUAGCUCUGACAGUGACGAUGAAUCGCAGGAACACAAAGGCACUGAAAAUACUGAUGCUGCCCAAGAGCAUCAAAAUAAUAAUCAAGCAAGUUGGGUACAGCGUAUGGCGAUGGCCUUGGUAAGCGAUUCCACGCUGUUCAACACUCGGGAAGGACGUGCCGGAAAAGUACACAACUUCAUGCUUGGCUUGAACCUCAAUACCUCCUAUCCGCUCUCCCCUCUGCGAGCCUUUGAUACCCAAGAAUCCUUAGAAGAUGAUGAAAUGGAUGCUGCUGUUGCCGAUCCUGAUGAGUUUGAGAGAAUAUAUGAGCCAUUGGAUGUGAAAAGUAAAAAGAUUCACGUGGUGGAUAGUGGACUCACAUUUAAUCUGCCAUAUCCCCUGAUUUUGAGGCCUCAGAGAGGAGUCGAUCUCAUCAUCUCUUUUGAUUUUUCUGCGAGACCAAGUGACUCCAGUCCUCCUUUCAAGGAAAUUCUGCUUGCCGAAAAAUGGGCUAAAAUGAACAAACUCUCCUUCCCGAAGAUUGAUCCUUACGUGUUUGAUCGAGAAGGACUAAAGGAAUGUUACGUCUUCAAGCCCAAGAAUCCUGAUGUAGAGAAGGAUUGUCCCACCAUUAUCCACUUUGUCCUGGCUAACAUCAACUUCAGGAAAUACAAGGCCCCAGGGGUUCCAAGAGAAACGCAGGAAGAGAAGGACAUUGCCGACUUUGAUAUCUUUGAUGAUCCAGAAUCGCCAUUCUCUACUUUCAACUUCCAGUAUCCGAACGAAGCAUUCAAGAGAUUGCAUGAUCUCAUGCAUUUCAACACACUGAACAACAUAGAUGCAAUAAAGAAUGCCAUCGCUGAAAGCAUCGAGUACAGAAGACAGAAUCCAUCUCGCUGUUCAGUAUCCCUCAGUAACGUUGAGGCUCGAAGGUUCUUCAACAAAGAUCUCCUGAAUAAACCAUCCGCAUAAAUGGGAGUUUGGAAACUCCACAGCGUCUGGAUCGGAAAACACAUUACAAAGGCCAAAUGUAACUCUGGAGAAAACCAAGUGGACAGAUCUAAAAAUCUUAUUUGUUUUGCUGCACAGGCAAAAUGUGAUUAUGAUCUCGUGGAGCUGAUAAAUGACUUUGGUAGCUACCUAUAAAUUCUCUCGGUAUGAAUUUCUAGAUGAAAUUGUGGGAGCUUAUAGUUCAUUUUUCAACAUUCCCUACCAACUGUCUUGUUAUCUAGGCUAUUUUUUAAAAUGUUGAUUUUUUUUUCCUUAAUAUUUAAUAGAGUGACUUCAAGUAAGGUUUUUUAAAUGGAGUGUGACUUUUAUCUGCUGACCAGAUUUACCACACCAUGGGACAACACUAUCUCUUAUUUAUAUAUAUAAAAUAAACCAUGUAUUUCUUUAUAAAGGU